AUGGCGACUCCAGCUCAGGUUCAGCCUGCGGGCCAGAGCAUCACUCGUACGACUCGUGGUAUUCCAGGAGACCCGCGCAAUCCUUCGAGAAAAUUGACAUAUUUUAUCAAUGUUAUUCAACAGCCAGAACGCGCACGCGCAUGUGGCUCCGGUGCAAAGUCUUCCGCCGAUCGAAGACCGGUUGAUCCUCCACCUGUCGUGCAAUUGCGUAUCAUGGAAGGGGAGAAUGCCGAAAAUGAUAUUACCUUUGCCUACGACGCCAACUUCUUCCUGUUUGCGACACUAGAGUCGGUCAGGCAGAUCGCUCAUGGUCGUGUGCACCCAGCUCCAUCGCAAAUUCCAGUCCUCACUGGCAUGCCAGUAUCCGGUAUGGCCUACUUAGAUCGACCACAUGAAGCUGGCUACUUCAUCUUUCCAGAUUUAUCCGUUCGCCAUGAAGGUUAUUAUAACUUGAGUUUCAACUUGUACGAACAAACCAAAGAAGCCAAGGAUAUGGAUGCCGAGCCUUCCAAGAGUCCUGGGCCAGCAAUGCCUGAGAAUGAGCUGCCUGCUCACUCCUUUCACUGGCGCUUGACCGUCAAGUCCCAACCAUUCACAGUAUUCAGUGCGAAGAAGUUCCCCGGUCUAGCAGAGAGCACUACGCUUAGUCGAACGGUCGCCGAGCAAGGUUGUCGAGUUCGAAUUCGUCGUGAUGUUCGCAUGAGAAGAAGAGACAAAGCUGAAGAGGAAUUCAAUGGAAGUCAAGCGCAUGACAUGUACGCAAGACCCAAUCGCCAUAUCGAACAGCCCCAGGAGCCAUAUUCACGGGAGCGAUCCAACAGCCUGACUGGCGAUGAUGCAAGGCGUAUGUCCUCCGGCUAUCACGAGCAACUCGACGCCUACCGAUCUCCCAGCGGUUCACCAUCCCCACCACUGCAAGAAUUGGCGGGUCAAGAGAAGAUGUCAUGGUUGAAGCCCAAUAAUGCAUCGGGUCCUCAAUUCGUGCCUCCUCCAGCACCGCACCAACCUCAACAACAACAACCCUACCAAGGCCAGCCAAGUUAUCAUGCUGCACCACCACCUCCUCCUCCACAACAACACCCACAUCCGCCUGUCCAACAUCAUAUUCCGGCUCAACAUCAAUAUCGCGGUCCACCACCUCCUGCCCCGUCACCGGCUCAGCCAUACGCUCAGGAAAGGCCGUAUCCUUCCUCAUCAUACCCACCCCCUCACAGAGAACAAUCGCAAACAUAUGAUGAUCCUCACAGGAGACACUCAGCUGCUUACCCACCUACCCAGCCUUCAGCCCCACCACCACCAAGCGUAUUUCAUCCAGCAGUCGAUAGCAACCACCAACAUCGGCCAUCAUUCCAGGGCUAUAACCACCCUCCUAGUCCAUCUUUACACCCCGUUCUCCCGCCUCUCAAGGCGCCUUUGAUGAACCAAUAUUCCGAAGAAUUGAGAUCUCCAUCGGGACCCUUACCACCGGUUAGGACAACUGCACCGUCAUUCACAAGUCCAAAUUACAUACGUCCAUCUGAACCCCCAUCAUACCCUCACUAUCCGCGUUCGCAGCCUCCACCGCUUUCUGAACCCACAAGAGUUAAGCGGCCGCAUGACACGGCAUUCAGUUAUCCUUCGCAAGCGCCACUUCGAGAUGGUGCUCGUCCGGAUAACCAUGAGAAGGAAGAAGAAGAAGAAGACGACGAGGAACAACGACCACAACUUGCCUACAGACGUGCAACAGGGCUUAUGGCAGUUAGACAGCAGCCAGAAGUGAUAAAUUCAUAA